AUGGCCGACGAUGGCAUGCUUUUGAAUUUUGAGAUUCCGGCCGAUGCCUUUGCUGCCCCUCUCACCAAGUUCAAAGGCGGGAGCUGGAAAGACCGCCUCACUGCUCGCAAAGCAGCGGAAUACGGACGGAAGAAGGCCAGCGAGCGCAAGCCUCAAGCUCAGGACGUUACCCAGGCUUCUGUGCCAGAAUCGCAUCAAAAUGCUCGGCCGGCCAAGCGAGCGCGGACUGGCGAUGCCUCUGUUACAAAUUACCCGGGAGACUUUGUAUCGUCACUCUUCACAUUCAACCCCAUGUCGAAAGAGCCCAGAGAGCCUCCGCCCACAGAGGAUGUCAACGUCGAACCGUCGAAUGCACCGCUCGCUGAUGACGAGACUGCCAAAUUUACAACACUUGGCCUCUCGCCAACGCUCGCUGGACAUUUACUAAAGAAACUCGAUAUCAAGGCCCCCACGGCUAUCCAGAGAAAGGCAGUCGAGCAGCUCUGCAAGGACGACACCGAUGCAUUCAUUCAGGCACAGACUGGAUCUGGAAAGACCCUUGCCUAUCUCCUCCCAGUCGUCGAGCGGAUCGCCACCAUCUCGAGGCGCAUGAAAGAUACCGGCCAGGACUUCAAUCGUCACAGUGGCCUCUUCGCAAUCAUCUUGGCUCCCACCCGCGAACUCAGUAAACAAAUCAGCACAGUUCUGGAUAGCUUAUUGAGCUGCUACCACUGGAUUGUUACCGGCACCGUGCAGGGAGGCGAAAAGAAGAAAUCAGAAAAGGCUCGCUUGCGAAAAGGCCUCAACAUCUUAGUCGCCACCCCAGGCCGACUCGCAGAUCAUCUCAACAACACCGAAACACUUGAUGUGAGUAUGGUAAGAUGGCUCGUUUUGGAUGAAGGGGAUCGCCUCAUGGAGCUUGGAUUCGAGCAGGAUCUCCAAAAGAUCAUCAGUGUGCUCAAUCUUCGAUCGCGCAAGAGGCAGGAGACUACAAUCCCAGGACUUCCAGAUCGCCGAACGACAGUUCUAUGCUCAGCGACCAUCAAGUCCAACGUGGAGCAGCUUCAGAGCAUGUCAUUGAAGAAUCCCAUCUCUAUCGUGGUCGAUGCGUCAGAGAACGUCGGGGAGUCAGCUGCGGAGGAAAACAACUUUUCCGCUCCUGCUCAGCUCAAACAGAGCUACGCCAUCGUACCUGCCAAGCAACGGCUUGUCACGUUGACCGCCGUGUUGAAACAGACCUUCAAGCGCAAAGGCAGUGUGAUGAAGUGCAUCGUCUUCAUCAGCUGCGCAGACAGUGUGGAUUUCCAUUUCGAGAUUCUGACUAGAAGUGGCAGGAGAGAUGCAACGGAGGGGGAUUCUGACAAAUCCGGCGAUCACAAUACCAAUACCAAACCCAGCAAACAUCUAAAAAAGCCUGGCAGCAUUCCACAAGGCAACACAAUCUCUGAGAUACGCACACAAGGUCAAGCAUCUUUCUCCGGCAAGGACAAUACCGUUCAGGUCUUCCGGCUUCAUGGAUCCCUACAGCAAGCAACACGGACAAGCACUCUCAAGGCAUAUACCCAAUGUGAAGAGCCUGCCAUUCUAGUGUGUACAGAUGUGGCAUCGCGAGGACUUGAUCUCCCCAACGUUGAUCUGGUGAUCGAAUAUGAUCCAGCUUUCAGCAAAGAUGAUCAUCUCCAUCGGAUAGGUCGAACAGCCCGUGCUGGAAGGGACGGCAGAGCGAUGAUCUUUUUGCAACCGGGGUGCGAAGAGGGAUAUGUGGACGUGUUGAAGGAAGCACGGCCACGGAAUUUGACCCGACACGACGCAGAUGAGCUGUUGAAGAAGGGCUUUGGGAAUAACAAGGGCUCAGAAGAGUCGGACAAUGGCUGGGAGGUACGAGCCACGGACUGGCAGCUGGGCGUGGAGCGCUGGGCAAUCGACAAUCCGAAACACCUUGAGCAAGCCAGGAGGGCUUAUCAAAGCCACGUCAGAGCAUACGCGACACAUGUUGCAGCAGAAAGACACAUCUUCAACAUGCAGGAGCUCCAUUUAGGGCAUCUCGCCAAAGCUUUUGCAUUGAGAGAUAAGCCCGGUAGCAUCAAUGUGGCUGGCUUGCGGCCUGGUAAGGACUCUGGAAGCAAGAGCAAGCACAGCAGACUGCAGAAGAGUGGCAAGGGCAGAACCGAAAAGGACGAUGACUUGCCGGCUGAGACGGAUGCAACCGAAGCGAGAAGAAAGAUGAAGACCAUGUCGAGGGCCAUGGGAGGUGCUUCUGAGUUCAAUUUGGGAUGA